AUCGCCCUAAUUUUUCUGGCAGUGCACUUUACCAAAGCCCCCGUUCCUUCGCCCAGAGUCGUGAAGUCGAACUUGAACCCUGCUUACGCAUAUACAUCGAGCGUAACAUAGAGAGAAUGGCUAACGCAGAUGCGGAAGCGGUGGACUUCGAGCCGGAGGAGGACGAUCUGAUGGACGAGGAUGGAGCAGUCGACGUUGACGCCUCACCUCGGGCACCGCUCCCCAAGCUGAAGUCUGCAAUAACCGGAGGUUCUUCCUCUCUUUCCGCUGCCAGAAAGACUAAAGGCCGUGGCUUCAGAGAGGAGGCUGAUGCCGACCGCCAGACCCGCCUUGCCUCUCGUGACUUCGAUUCCCUCGGCUCCGAUGGCGGUCCUGGCCCUCAGCGAUCUAUUGAAGGAUGGAUUAUUUUAGUCACUGGAGUGCAUGAAGAGGCACAAGAGGAUGAUUUGCAAAAUGCUUUUGGUGAUUUUGGUGAGAUAAAAAAUUUGCAUUUAAAUCUUGAUCGCCGAACUGGGUUCGUUAAGGGUUAUGCACUGAUAGAAUAUGAGAAAUUUGAGGAAGCACAGAAUGCAAUAGCUGCAAUGAAUGGAACUGAACUUCUGACACAGAUCAUCAAUGUUGAUUGGGCAUUUAUCAAUGGACCCAUCAGAAGAAAGAACAUGAGAUCAGGACGAGCGCAUCGGUCAAGGAGUCCUAGGAGAAGAUACUAAUGCACUGUGUUGUUUUUGGUUUAGAGGGUGUAUGGAUUUGCAUUGAGGGGUUUGACGUUAAUAUUUGUCGUGAAGACUACAACGAAGUCAUGUUUUGAAUGGGUUUAUGAAUUGGUGAUGUGUUUGCUGACAAUCCCUCACUUCUCUCCUAUCCAAUCCUGUGGCAAUUCAGCACUGAUUUACAUUUGUAAUAAUUUUGUUUAUUUGUGAUUUGAGGAUUAUUUUCUCCCAUUUAGCGGUGAGACAACUCGACAUGGAAUGUCCUUGUUAGAUCAUAGCUUUUGCAGGUUCACUGUAAAAUGAGUUAUUUGGGCGUUGCAGAGGAUGUAAAAUGCUCUACUGAAAAUUUUUUAAAUACGCUACUCCGGCUUUUCCAUUUGGACUAA